GAGCUAGACUAGACUGGAGUGCCCCUCCGUUGACGGUCGGUGCGUCGACCACGUCUAGUUUGGGAUCACACCUUCACUAGUAGUAGUACUGACUUGCUCGAUGCUCACGCGCCAAAGCCUGGCGCAGGCUUAUCAAAAAAGACAAAAUGAAGAGUGGAAGCUUGCAGGCUGACCAGUUCAUAUUUUCUUGGCUGUGGUCGAAUCAGGAUUCUACUUUCCAUUUCCGCUAGUUCGUCCGAAAUCGUGAACCAGCUGAAGUGUUACCUAGAGCGAACUAUUAUUCACAAAAUCAGUAUUAGUGACUAGUGACUAUUACUUGUGAAGGGCGUUAGACUAUGAGCAUGGGUAUGGCAAUGGAUGAGGAGGCCAUGUGCCAUGUUGCUAACAACCCUGAAAGUAGCGUCUCCACAGUCGCUAGGUCUAGCGAUAAUUCGUGCGUUCGCAAUACACAGCAUUGUGAAAGAGCAGGUAUCUCGGAGCAAGAAGCACACUCCAGGGCGGAUAUCGGCACGCACGGAGCAGUUGCUACCAGUGUAAGUAGUGGUCUUGUUGGGAGCAGUACAGAAUCCUUCAGUGAUCCAUAUGACCAGAUGAUGUUUGGACGACAUUCCCCCGGCGGCUCUAGUAUUACAAGCUUCGGUAGUACGCGCAGUACGGAUCCACUUCGUCCGCCAUCACCGGAUUUCUCACAUCUCAGCGACGACGAACGGAGGUGUAUUCUACGAGUAUUGCGAAGGCAGCAGGACGAAGAACGGCAAAAUGUCAGAUACAUCCGAGGUCGGCUCCGUGACUUGGCUCUGACAAUGUCCAUGCAAGUUGGUCCCCAUGGCAACCAAGUCUGUAACGACUGCACGCAGAAAGUUCUCAGAGAGUGUACCAAAUGGACAUCAAACCCCAGCAGUCUAGCCCACACAGGUCACAAUUGUGAGUUGCGCCAGCAUCACAUGGCAAUGUCUGGCACAUGGUACACAGGUGCUCCAGUCACAGCUGCCAGUUCUGCUAAUGCAGGGUGUAGCAAUGCUGAUGCUGCUACUUCGAGAGACACCGGACGGGGCAGUCCUGCUGAUGAUAGCCUGUCGUCAUACCUAUUGCUCAAAGCUACGACGUACACCACAGGUGACCGCUAUCUAGCGAGCAACACCACUAACACAUCACUACCCCCUGCUCCCCAUUCUACCAGCAACAGUUUGUAUGCAGAUGAUCCAAAACAGACAUUGCCUGAUAACUCCACGGCUGGAGAUUCCGCACAUCAUUCUGGAGAGGGUGAACCCACCCUGCCCCUGGGUGAUAGGACUCCCGGAGAGCCGUUACCCACAUCACAGAGUACCCACCUCACCGCCCCAAGCCCAGAAUUAGCCACGUAUGGGCUGAACAGCCCACGAUGCUCUUUUGACUCCGGGAUAUCAUCCUUAGACUCUUCACAAACCUCGUCCAUCUUGAAGAAAACCAUUGCAAACAUGCCACCGAUACACGCUAGUCCCCAGCCACCACAGCGUAGAGUUAGCUUCUCCCUUGCGCUGGAGCAGGUGCAGACGUUUAGCCCGACUGACAGUGUGGAUCUGAAUAUGAUAGAGGUUGUGGACGCGAUUGGAAUGCACGACACCAACCAAAGCGUACUCGAUUCUCCACUCGCCUCAAGUACAUCAUCCCAGCCAUCACCACAAGACGACGACAACCGCAUAGCAGAUCUGCUGCCCGCUUCUAUGGCUGGUGGCCUAGCUCAAACGCUGAGCACUGCAGAGCGUGCAAGUACCACUGAUUCUCCGCACGGCUUCGAUUCGAAAAGUACUAUUAUUACAACUGCAAGCCAUGCUCAGGAUCACCAUGACAACAACCAUCGGCAGUGUGUAGGUCAGCUGUGCAUCAACGUCAUGCACAGCUGUCUCCUUGACAACCAGGUCAGCUAUCAUGUCCAGGUCGUCAAGGGAAAGUCAUUCGUUGUGGAUCCCGACUCGCGUUCAAACUCUCCGACAACAGAGACUACUACCUCGUCGUCGUCAUUGUCAUCAUCGUCUUCGGGCAAGAAAGCCCAUCCUUUACGAACACUGAGCAGAGCAUCCAGCUGUGAUUCCAUAGCAACUGUAUCCACGACUACCACCGCUCAGAGUCACUUUAUUGUCCAAUGUCAUAUGGUGUGUCACGGCAGCAGCAGUGGCAACAGCAAGCUACACAAGGGAAAACCCCUCCGCACCAUGACAACCAAGCAGGUGGCUCAAACUCCCAUAUCACAUGAUCCAGUGUUCAAUGAGCAGCUGGCUAUCAUCAUGAAACAAACCGAUGUCACUGACAAAGCUACACUGACGAUCAGCAUACUGGAACGUCGCCAUGUGGGGUUACUACGGCGACAGGUCACCAGAGAGUUUGGAACAGCAGAGGUGAUGAUGUCAUCGAGUACACGCCAGGAGGGCAAGGUGACCAGGUACGUCGUUGAUGUUCUGCAGAAUAGCAUCACCACCAACAGCACUAGUGGUACCGGCACUAGUAGUAGAGGCCGCAGCAGCAGCCCCAGCACUACCAGCAGCAGAAGUCAAAAGACAAGGUUGCUUGGUGCUAAACCAUUCAAGAAAUCACCACACCUUGCACCCUCUGCAUCGUCCGCACCAGCACCUCCAGCGUCGCAAUCACCUCUAACUCUCCCGCAUCACAAUCAUGGUGCAGAAACACACUCACUGACCACACGUCGGAUGUCAUUGCCCGCGUACAAUGGCCAUCAACAAAUGCAGGAUAAACGCCGCAGUGCAUCUUUCUCCGUUGGCGUGGCAAACCCAAUGGCAGCUCAGUAGGUUAACGUGAUCCCCAGCUGAGUCUGGCAACAAUAGUAUAGCAAGAUUUUUUCUUUUCUUUUCUUUUCGACUUCUUUUUUUCUUUUUCUUGCUAUAAGAAACCCUGCUAUCACCAUGCAAAGUGGCCAUUGCCUGUCCCAGCCAUGUAUCAUUGUAUUGUUUGGAAUACAUGUAAAACUAAGACUGAGGCUAAACUGUGAAUAUCGAAGGUGGUCUGUCUCGUCCAUACCACACUGUACAUGCUCUGGCUGUAUGGCCAGUUGUCAUACCAACAUCACUGUCUAUACACUGGCUGUAUGGCCAGUGUUGCCAGUGUUUGCAAUGCAAGCGUUCAACAUUGUGCAAGUCCGCAGUAGUGAAUAGUGUUGCAUCACUUGUAUACCUAGAUAACGGCAUUACACCCUGCAGCCUAUUCACCCUUUGCUUUUCAGUAUUGUUCUAUGACGUAUUGGAACAUGAAUAAUACUUGCAGCGAACUACUGUAUGACAUCAUCUGGCUUAACGUUAUGAGUCAUAAUAAUUACUCUAUGACAUCAUCUGUCUAAUGCAUGAUAAUAAUAAUAAUAAUCCUUAGUGCAUCACAUCAUCCUACUAACUGUUUUUGGAUAAUGACAGAUAACUUUGUUCCCCUCUCUGCUACACUCUAUGUUUGGACAGUAAGAAAGAGAUUGCAGUAUUUUAAGAUAAUGUUUUAUCCAAUAUGGCAUUUUUCUUUUGUGCGAGCUGGCUCAGAUAUCACACUCAACAGAAUCCUUUUUCCUUUUUCCUUUUUCCUUGUCCAUCUUGUCCAUCUUGUCCAUCUUGUCCAUCUUGUCAUGCAGCUGCCUUAUUGUGUGGCGUUUGCCAAACCAUA